AUGGUGACAUAUUUACUGGCCGCACGAGCACUGAAGAGUGGAGACCCAAUCCGACUUAGCAUUGGCGCAGCUCUUAGAAUCAAUGAAAACAAUAAGCUCUUUUCUGACGAAACUUCAUUAGGGUCCGGCUUUAAUAUGAUAAAUGAGCCUGGUGUCGGUGCAGGAGGUUGGUAUUGUGUCGUCGAAGCGAAACCGAAGAAGAUUGACAAAAUCGAUAAAAUCUACAUCCCGGAAUCUUAUGACCCGUGGACCCCGCGGGGUAGAGUGCGACGACAGUUAUGGGACGGAUCGGGAGAAUUCGUCUUGGAUUACAUCAGGUCAAAACCGUUGAUAUCAGACCCCGAUAAAGCGCUGCGCUUUUCAUGGUUUCAGUAUGAGGGUGCCGAAUGGCGCCUGCAAAUGGUUAUUCCAGCGAGAACGAUAUCAGAAGGUAAUUUGGGUCUAUGGGCUAAAUGCUUUGAAGCACAACGUGAUCUGAUGGCAUAUUCGGACAAAGUUAUUCAAUGGGAUACUUGGACCAUCGAAGGAGAACUAGGACAGCGACCGGACGCGGAUCGCAGGACCUCUUCCUAA